AUAUUUUUAAAAGCUACUAAUUAAUUAAUUAAUUAAUUUCACACAUAGCUUUCGCUUUUAGUUUCUUUAUGAGUGAGCUGCUUGUAGUGAAGAGUAUCAGCACAGAUCUAAGUCGGUCUCUUAAGAUUUGGCUUUCUUCAUCUUCUUCAAACGUUUCCAUUUUUCCAGGUUAAUUACGACUAUAUAAUAAUGUCAAGGAGGCCAGUAAAUCCUGCUAGGCGCAUUGGUGAUGGUGGAAGCAUUCCAUUUGUGGGUUCUGUCCAAUCUAAAACACGCACAUCACCAUUACUAUCUAUUGGCCUCGUAGUGCUGGGUGCAGUUCUUCUUCUUUGCUAUAGCUAUAGUGGGUCAGGUGGACUGAGCAGUAAAGAGGUUAUGAGUAAAUUUGAAGGUGGUAUUUCAUGCACAUAUGAAGUCCAGAGAGCCAUACCUGUUCUGAAGAAAGCAUAUGGUGACAGCAUGCGUAAAGUGUUGCAUGUGGGCCCUGAGACAUGCUCUGUGGUAUCUAAACUGUUGAAAGAGGAGGAUACUGAAGCCUGGGGUGUGGAACCAUAUGACCUUGAGGAUGUGGACACUAAUUGCAAGAGUCUCGUGCGCAAGGGCAUUGUGCGAAUGGCUGAUAUAAAAUUCCUGCUACCAUACAGGACAAAGUCAUUUUCUCUUGUAAUAGUGUCUGAUGCACUGGAUUACUUGUCUCCAAAAUACCUCAACAAAACUCUUCCAGAGUUGGCGAGGGUGUCUACUGAAGGUGUUGUUAUAUUUUCUGGCUAUCCAGGUCAGAAUAGAGCUAAAGUUGCAGAGCUUUCCAAAUUCGGCCGUCCAGCCAAAUUGAGAAGCUCUUCAUGGUGGAUUAGGUUUUUUCUCCAAAAUAGCUUAGAAGAUAACGAAACAGCCUCGAACAAGUUUGAACAAGCUUCAACUAAGAGGGCGUACAAGCCUGCCUGCCAAGUUUUUCACCUCAAAUCGUAUCAAUAAGGAUUGCAGGAUGCAUCUCCGCCUUCAAAGAUUAUAGGUGGACCUGGCUUAACUGUCUUUAGUGCCCAAAGGGCAAGUUCAUAUGGAAAGGAAAAUAUACUUUGGUUCUGUGUUUCUAUUAGAAGACAGUGAAUGUUUUAUUAGAGUAAUUGUCAAGGAAGUGCAUUUGGCAUAAAUUAGCUUCUUUCGCCUGCGUAGUCUUUUUCAUUCGAGUAUUUUCUCUCCAAUAGCUCCCUUUUAGAAUCCUUAGCAUUUCAACAUUUUCUUCUAUAUUUUAAGAUACAUUCAGGCACAUGAAUGAGCACAUUGUAUAUUGAAUUGAACUACCUCUAUUUAUUUAUUUAUUUAUUAUUAUUGAAA